AUGAGCGAGCCUCCUGACCGACAGAAGGUGAUCGAAAAGUACGUCCAAGGUUUACGUCAUGACGACGGCUACUCUCAUGGCUACCUGAAGUCAGACGAAGAGCUAAAGCUUUUUGAGAGGUCCCUGGCUGCCGUCAACGAGAGGUAUGCUGUGCGGAAAUCAAGAGACCUGAGCAAGUCGUCUAAAUCCAAUGUCGUCUUCUCCAUGAUCCAUUGCGGAUCUCGAAUCUCUCUAGACAAUGUGCCGUUCCGAGUUGUCAAGGAAACCGUCAAAGUGUGCAUAUUUGGAACGGAGUACUACAAGAAAACUCAGGAGAGAAAAAAAGAACAGAGUUCGGGUACUACUGACUGGCAGAAGGAGGUGUACGAGAAGAAGCUGGUGAACCUCCAAGGCACAAAGAAGAAGGGGUGCGCAGCAACAAUGAAUUUGAAGUGAAUUGAGUUGUACCCAGAUUUCCAGGUAUGUAAUGUGCAAUGACAAGUAAAAAAUAAUUCCAGAAUAA